AGGGAAACUUGCCAUAGUGACAUACAUUUGAUAAGAAGUAACACUAUUAAUAGUCAACAUUUUCUUUCUAGGAUGCUUAUUUUAAGCGGGAAUACAGUUAAUUCGCUCAAAUCAAAAUACCGAUUUUUAUAAAUUGCACUAGCCACUACACUUCAAGGAGGACGAGGACCACUGUAGAUUACACAACAAAAAUAAUGUUAAUUUAAAGACCAAGGCUAUCAUGUCCUAUAAACUGUAUGUUGAAAUUUGACUUAGCACUUAACAUCAACACAAGUCACUCCACACAAAUGGCUUUUAAUUAUUUGAUUUCGUUAGUUUGUCACCAGACAUGUAAUUGUUAAUUUCUUGUCUUCAGAUUUGAACGAUUCAAAUUAAGUUUUUAUUAAGUUUACUUCUAUCCUACUUGUAAGUCAGCCACACAAUAAAAUUCACCAGUCAACACGUUAACAAGGCAUUCUGGACGAACUUUGCCGCCUUUUUACGACGCCAGAGCGUCCAUGAAUGUCCAACAGAGUUUUAGCAGGCAGUUUGAACGAUUUUUAUGGUCUUGCCACCGCUGCUGUGAACGCACAAGACUGUCAUGAACAUAAUACUGUCCUGAGCUCAGUAAGUUUAACAUUUGUUAGGUCAUGUUUUUGGAUUAUAUUCGCUCGCAAUUUAACAAGUUGUAGUUUCAUAAUUGUAAAAUGUUGAGUUUUUAAGGAUAAAGGAUUAUUUAAUUAUCCAUCAAUGUAUCUAUCAGCAUCCUUUUAUUAUGAGCUAACGUAGCUAACAUUGUGAUAGCAGGUUAGAGCGCUGACAUCAGUUAAAGUAAAUUAUGUUUGUUAAAUUUUUUGUCACGAAAGUUUCCCGACUAAAUUAUGAGUGUAGGUAUUAUCAAAAUACAUGAUCGGACUUCUCUGUGUUACAGCACCAUGCCAGGCUUUUAAUUCAGCCGAAUCAUUUUGGAAAUUUGUGUUCGAUUUAGAUAGCUGGCUCGCUAACUACUGAAGUGUGGCUAUUCACCUUGGGGUAUGUUGCAUGGCUAACUUGCUCGCCUUCAUUUAUCUCCAUAGGCUAACGUCAAUGUCUUUGACAAGUCACUUUAAGAUUUAUACGAAUGGGUAAAAAUUGCAAUAGCUUUGUUGGAGCAGUAAACUGUCCACCUGAAAUUUGUAACCCCUCAUCUCCCCGGUCUUGCUAUGAUAACUUAGCUCUUCUUCAUGACGUUCGACAUAGUCAGCCAUAUUAAAACCUCUCUGUUCUCAUGCCUCUGUUCCCCAGACCACUGUGCGCCCCCUCUACAUCCGAGCUGUGCCUCUGUGUUGUUGUGAGCUGAUGAAUAGGCCACUGGGAGAGCCUCUGUGCUAGCUCAGGGGAUUCCUGGGCACAUUAGAGGCCGUUAGCUUCCAUUGGAGCCGCUGUCGAUGCCGUCGACAGAGUUGGGUGGAGCAGGGGAGUUGUCAAACUGAGCUGGGAAAGCAUAGCAUAACUCGUUUUUUACUUCUCUCUGUUUCUUCAUUCUUCUGUUUCACUGUCUCUCUCUAUCACACACUCUCUCUCUCUCUGACUCCCGUUGCUCUGGCCUGCUCUUCCCCUCUCUCUACUCGUUUGUCCUGGAUACGGCAUGUGGAACACUUUCUGGAGCACCAGGACCCUCCUGGGACUUGGUCACCUUUGGAUGUUCCUCCUCGUCCCCUUUCUAGCAGUGCCACGGACGUUUGCUUCUCCCUAUGGACCCGUAGAUUCAAGGGGAAAUGGCAGCACACUUCACCCUGAGACCUUCCAGGUGUUUAAUGUAGACUAUAGCCAUGUGCAGGUGCCCUUUGAGAUAGUGCUGUGGAUUUUGCUUGCUUCCUUGGCUAAACUGGGGUUCCACUGCUCAGGUCGUCUCCCCUCUGUCAUGCCCGAGAGCUGCCUGCUCAUCGUGGUAGGCCUGAUGGUGGGCGGAGCAAUCUACGGAGUCCGCCACAGGCCCCCGCCCACCCUGAGCGGCGACGCCUUCUUCCUGUUCCUGCUGCCGCCCAUCGUGCUGGACGCCGGCUACUUCCUGCCGGGGCGGCUGUUCUUCGAGAACCUAGGCACCAUCCUGCUGUACGCCGUGCCUGGCACGCUGUGGAAUGCGCUGGGCAUCGGGUUCUCGCUGCACGGGCUGUGUCUGGUGGUGCCGGGCCCAGAGCUGGAGGGACUCUCCCUUUUCCACUGCCUGCAGUUCGGGAGCCUGAUCGCUGCAGUGGAUCCCGUGGCCGUGCUGUCCGUGUUCGAGGAGAUGCACGUCAACGACCAGCUGCACAUCCUGGUGUUCGGAGAGUCACUGCUCAACGACGCUGUCGCAGUGGUGACGUAUAAGCUGUUUGAGUCGUUCCUGCGCGUGCCUACCCUGAGCAGCCUGGAUGUACUGGUAGGGGCCGUCCAGGUGGUGCUAGUGGGCAUGGGCGGCGUGGUUGUGGGCAUAUUCUUUGGCCUGUUGGCAGCGCUGGUCACCCGCUUCACCGUCCGCGUUCAGGUCAUCGCGCCACUCUUCGUCUUUCUCUUCAGCUACCUGUCCUACCUCACCUCCGAGAUGCUGCACAUCUCCGGAAUAAUGGCCAUCAUGUCGUGUGCGGUGUGCAUGAAGCAGUACGUGGAGGCCAACAUAUCGGAGAAGUCCCACACGACUAUAAAGUACUUUCUGAAGAUGUUGAGCAGUGUGAGCGAGACGCUCAUCUUCAUCUUCCUGGGCGUGUCCACCAUCCAGGACAAGCACAUGUGGAACUGGCCCUUCGUCACCUGCACACUCUUCCUCUGCCUGGCCUGGCGAGCCGUGGGUGUGCUACUCCUGACGGCCAUGAUCAAUAAGGUGCGCCGCAACACCGUGACCUUCAGGGAUCAGUUCAUCAUCGCCUACGGUGGCAUGCGAGGGGCAAUCUGCUUCUCUCUGGUGUUCCUCAUGGACGACUUUCCAAUGAAGAAGCUUCUCAUCACCACCACCAUCACCGUCAUCCUUUUCAGCGUGUUUGUGCAGGGUAUGACUAUUAAGCCUCUUGUGGAACUGCUGGAGGUGAAGAGGAAGGGGGAGAAAGAACUGCCCUCACUCGGGGUAGAGAUACACUGCAGAGUUCUGGAUCAUCUGAUGGCCGGCAUUGAGGAAGUGGUAGGCUACACAGGUCAGCACCACUGGAAAGACAAGUUUGACCAGUUCAACACCAAGUACCUGCGAAGGUUCCUGAUCCGUCAGGACAAGCAGCCCAAGUCCAGCCUGGUGCGGCUCUACCAGAAACUGCAGCGCCACGUUGAGGAGGGUGGGGAGAAGAAAGUAGAGGAGUGUGUAUUGGAGAGCACUCAGAGCCGGGUUCUGCUGCCAGAGGAGAUGGACAGCAUCAGGAUGAUACUCACUACCAACCUGCAUAACUUCAACAAAAGGCAUAUGAUGGCUUAUAGCAGACACAAGCUGAACCCAGAGUUCUUUAUGGACAACACUUCACACCACGCCCUCGUCAGGCCCGCAAGCGUGGGAGACCGGACUCUGUUCCUCUCUCCCACUCUUUCAGCUCAGUGGGAACAUGAACCUGAAGACUGUGUUUCAUACAGAGAUGGCCCCAGACGCCUUUCCAGAUCACUUACAAUGUACAGCUCUCCCCCCUCUCGAGAUCCAGAGGAGGACCUGCCUAGUCAGAAUGGCCCCAGGGAGCUGCCCCAGGAUGGGCUUACAGAUGACGGCGCCACCCCCGAUCCUGCUCCUGCUCUUGCCCUGGGCAGGUCCUCCAGCAGCAGCACCACCAGGGUGCCCAAGAAACUCAGCUUCGUCCUAGAGAACGAGAGAGACAAGGAGUAGCAAUGUUACAAAAAGCAACACAAUAACACACGAUGAGAAGACAUAGACUUCUGUGUAAAAAAGCAAACAAAAAUACCAAAAAACACUGCCAAGGCCCUGGACAUUUCUGUGGUUGGCAGUUUCUGGAUAAAUCUUUGUUGUAGGUUUGAUGAGAAAAGUCUGUAUAUAAAAUGCCUUCUUGCAAAAGCUUAAUGUUCAAACGUUUGAAGGACUGGAAAUGUGUCUGUCACACAAGUCGGAAGGAGAACUGUAUAGCAUGUGAAUAGUGCUUUUGUGAAUGCAUUGGCUUCAGGAGGUAGGGGGGAUGGAUGGGGGUAUUUUUAAAAUGACUGACAAAGUUUUCAGAUGUGUUUGUGUUGUUCUAUUACUUGAGCCUUUAUUAGUCUCUCCAGGAUCUUGCAAGCAUUUGUUGUGAUUGUUGCCGCCAACAGUGACUACAUUUGCUGCAGGUAUUCUCAAAAAUUGCGGUGAUUUUGAGUUGAAUGAAAUCAGUCGCAAGUAAUGCAGAAAUUCCAUGACUUUACAGGGUUCAUUUUCUGGGAAUAAGUCGAUUGGGGGAAAUCCUUGAAUUUGUGAAUCCUUAAGAUUGCAAAAUCCUGGAGGGACUGCUUUAUUCCUUGUAACAUAAAAGUUGGCAGCAGGUGGCAAUGUUGAGCUGCAGUUGGUUCAGACCUGUGAGUCACUAUCAUACGUGGGUGCUGAAGUUGCAUCAGGACACUGGGAAAUUGGACCCUGGAAUAAGUCAAACAUUAGUCGGUAAUCUCAGAGUUACCAAAUGUUCAGUAUAUUAGAAGCAUUUAGUGUUCAUUUGUUGACAGAUAUUGGUUAAAGUGCCAUAAACAUUUGUCUUGCUGUUUUGAGAGUAAAUUGGGGUCACGUAAACAGAAAA